AUGUAUGCUUUUGUUCGAGCUUUUAACGACGAUAUUUGCUACGCGUUGUCGGUGUCCAACAUAGAAGACUUCAGACUUCCAGGCCGGAGCACCGAUCGGACUUUUGAGGAUGAGAAAGUCUCUGUGGUGCACACAAGUCAACACAAUGGCAGCCCAGGCCAGCCGUGCCGAGCUCGCGUCCUUGCCCUUGCAGAUACUGUAGAGGAGUUGGUAGACCUUAUAAUGCAAAAGAAGAUGAAAAUUCCCAAGAUGUCCAUCAGGAGUUCAGGAAAUUCAGUUGACAACAGUUUCGGAGAGGAGAGGAUGCCGCUCAGGCAUAAAAAGGCCCCAUCUCAGGACCGAGGACGCCCUGUGUCCAACUCCUCCAAAAGUUUGGCGGCCGUAGUCGCUCGCCUGGAGAGAAACGCGGCGAGCUCCUGCAUGGAGGGCGAAGAGGAUCUAGAUGAGGACCGACUGGCGGAGGAGGGAGAUGAUGCGGACGACGAAGAUGAAGAUAUGGAGGCAGAGCAUCAGCAGCCGCCACAUCAGCAGCCGCCACAGCAGCACCUGGAGGUGAACUCGGACGUGGCCGCGGCGGUCGUUCCCCGCGUCCUGUACGAGGAGCUGGUCCUGAGCUACAGGCAGCAGGAGGAGGAGAUGUGCAGGCUGCAGCAGGACUUGGAGAGGACGCGUCGGCAGCUGCUGCAGCAGACCAAGAAACUCAAAGAGUAUAGCAGCUUGCUGACGGAAGUCAAAGAGCUGAGGGACUUCAAUCGACGGCUGCAGGACGUUCUUCUCAUGAGGCUGGGCAGCGAGCCGAUGCACGACAAUGGCACUCAGACAAUCAAGGCUGAAGUGGUUGAACCCAUUGUUGAGGCCCAGGAAGCAUUCCGAGAAGAAGCCAACACCAGUUCCAGCUACUCACCCUCUCCUAGAACAGUCUACACCUGCAACGAUGGCAAGGUACACCUCGGUGGCGGGAUCUGGGUGGAGGAGGAGAAGUGGCACCAGCUCCAGCGCACCCAGGGCGACUCCAAGUUCACAAAGAACCUGGCGGUCAUGAUCUGGGGCACGGAAACCCUGAAAAACCGCAGCGUCACCGGCGUGGCCACCAAAAAGAAGAAAGACGCCCUUCCCAAACCUCCGCUCUCACCGAGCAAGCUAAAAAUAGUCCGAGAGUGUCUCUAUGACCGAGUGUCCCAAGAGACCGCAGACAGUGCAGAGAUCACACAGAGAUUGUCCAAAGUGAACAAAUACAUUUGUGAGAAGAUCAUGGACAUCAACAAGUCCAUCAAGAACGAGGAGCGACGGGAGUCCAAGCUGCUUAUCAGACAGACAGUCAAGAUGGAGAACUUUACCUACGAUGGCAUGUAAAGAUGUCACACCAGCAUCCUCCCCGUCACAUGGUCCGAGGUUACGGAUCAGGGUGCUUUGAGGCUGAUCAUCACAGUCUCCGCAUCCUUGAUUCAUUUGAUCGGUCAUGACCCCCCUUUUCAAGCCAACACCUUCCUCCAGUCUGCCUAUUCGGUUCCAGACAGCUUUACCCACCAACACAGUGUGAGUGUUUUGUUUUGGGUAAGCUUUACCACGGUAUCGGUACCAAGAUAUGUUGAAAAAGAUUGUGAAAUUCAUGUAUUGUUCUGUGUCAGAACAUUAUUCUGAGUCUUCUACGCUUUUAAAAAGUACAAGAUGAUUCCCCUGUAUCAAAGGAUUCCGACGCCGUAGACGUGUCAGAACCUUGUUUGCGGUUGGUACUGAGUCAAUUAAGUCUUAACUGCAGAGACACUGUUGCUGAAAGAGAUUGUAGUGGCCGUGACUUAUAAGUCAUUUUAUAGAAGCUUCUAAAGAGAGUUUAGUCGGAUUUGCACAAAAUUGUACUUAAACUGAUGUUUUUAAGGGUUACUUAGGGGGGAAAUUACCUGAAUAGUACAUUCCCUAAAAAUAUCGGACAGUGGAACCUCCAAAGUGGAACAUCUGUGACGGAGGUUGACUUACAAGUUGUUCCGAUUCCAGAACAAACUUUAGGAAAGAGCGUGAAGUUAAUAAAUUACCGUAUUUUCUAGAGAUGUCCGACAAUACCGGACUGCCGAUAUUAACGGCCGAUAAAUGCUUUAAAAUGUAAUAUCGGAAAUUAUCGGUAUC